CUCUCUCUCUCCAUUCGGUGCUGCGUGCGUCCUGCCGCUCUGUCUGACUCCUCGCCAAGACUUUCCUGUUGGACACACACUCGCGAGCGCACGCCACCUUAUUUUAUUUUUCAUUCUCUUGUGUUUUUUUUGUUUUUGUUUUAGUCUUUCCUUUUACAAACGUGGACUAUUUCUCGGAGGUAACGAUGGCCUGAGAGAUGUAGCGCGAUCAGCAGCUCUGAUUAGGGCGACUGAAUGCCGGCGCCGUGCGUAAGUUAGGAGCAGGUGGAUGGAGAGGCUGGCGGGAUGCAGCUUUCCAGUAGGUCAGAGCCGCUUCGGGGGCGACAGGACUUCGCAUUCUCGGGUUCUCGGGACACUUUUGCCACUCUGGACGUGAUAUGAGGAUGGUAUUUUUCUGUGGAAAACUGAGAUGUGAUAAUUGAUGCUCCUCCUAUGUGAAAAUUUCUGAGUCAUCCUUAUCCCUAGAGCCCCACACCCUUGGAAGUCAAAGUCUUAUAUUCCCAGGACCCCAGGCUCUUACCUUUAUCCUUGAAUCCAUCACUCAAAGCCUCUUUUAAAUGUAUUUCUGUAACUUUUUUUAGUAAAAGCAGUUCUUUGAAACAUUUGAACCCUUGACUCAUUAAUAUUUCCCAUUAUCACUGUACCCUGGAUUAGACAAACCCAUAACCCUUUAGGAAAUUAGACCCCUUUGCUCUCAGCAGUCAUGGCCUUGGAUCAGUUGCCCUUCCUCCCAACUUCCCCUAACAAUUCCAUCCCUGAGCCCUUCUGGUACGACAUCCAAGGGAAUGACUCCGACCUGGGCUUCAACAUUUCCAAAGACAAGGAGCAUCACCAGGACAAGACCAGCUCAGUGGUCAUUACCUUCAUCUACUUCAUGGUAUGCGCUGUGGGAUUGUGUGGUAACACCCUGGUCAUCUAUGUUAUUCUACGUUACGCCAAAAUGAAGACGGUGACCAACAUUUACAUCCUCAACUUGGCAGUGGCAGAUGUUCUGUGCAUGAUGAGCCUGCCAUUCAUCGCCCUGCAGCUGGCGCUGGUGCACUGGCCCUUCGGAGAGGCUCUGUGCCGAAUGAUCAUGAGCGUAGACUCUCUCAAUCAGUUCACCAGCAUCUUCUGUCUCAUGGUAAUGAGCAUCGAUCGAUACCUGGCUGUGGUUCACCCUAUUAAGUCUACAAAAUGGCGGAAACCCCGUGUAGCAAAGCUAAUUAACCUCACAGUAUGGGGUGUGUCGUUGUUAGUCAUCCUGCCAACUCUGAUCUUCAGUGGACUGAACAAGGUUCCAGUGUGUGGCAUUGUGUGGCCGGAGCCUCAGGAUGUCUACUACACGGCCUUCAUAUUCUACACCUUCUUCAUUGGGUUCUUCCUGCCGCUGGCAGUUAUAUGUAUGUGCUACCUGCUCAUUAUAGUCAAGGUGAAGUCAUCCGGAUUGCGUGUGGGCUCCACAAAGCGUAAGCGUUCAGAGCGCAAGGUGACCCGGAUGGUGUCCAUCGUGGUGGCGGUGUUCGUCCUCUGCUGGCUGCCUUUCUACAUUUUCAAUGUCACCUCUGUCACCGGCUCAAUCAAGCCCACCUCUGCUGUGAAGAGCACGUUCGACUUCGUGGUGGUGCUCGGCUACGCUAACAGCUGCGCCAACCCCAUCUUGUACGCCUUCCUGUCAGACAACUUCAAGAAGAGUUUUCAGAAUGUUCUGUGCUUGAAAAAGGUGGCAGGCCUGGAUGAGGUAGAGCGCAGCGACAGCAGGGCAGACAGGAGCAAGAUGAUUAACGAAGCUUCGAUUAUUAAUGCCAACCUGUACACUCACAAUCCUACCCUGCUCAAUGGCGAACUGCAGACCAGCAUUUAAAGGAGUGCCAGUAACAGACUGACAGGCUGCCAGUGUACUGUGGUAACCCCAAGUUAAAACACAAAUGAGAAAACAGAUGAUGUAAGCACUGCUCGUGGACACUGAUGCAUGAGCAAAGUCGAAUUGAAAAAUAAACAAUUUCUUAAUCUUUUUAAAGGUCAGGGGAAGUGCACUGACUCGAGCUCAAAACUCUUGUUAAUUGGGUUAAUGAAGCAACUUGAGCUUAUUAACCCUAAGGCGGAGCAAGAAUAUGUAUUUUACUCAAGUACUUUUCAGAGAUAAGUGACAUGAAACAUUUAUAAGAACGCUAUUUGUGCUUGCCAGCUUCAAGCUUUUAUGGAGUUGCCCGAAAUGAUCUUGAGGAGGCAGGAUGUGAAAGUGGAGCGUGGUGGAAAGGACAAAGAAAUAUUUUGGAUAGUACUCCAAUGGCAGAGAGAAGUCUGAGGGGACCGAGUACCAUCCUUGCUCUAGUUGACUGAUUUUUUUCUCUUUUUUAAAACGUGUAUCUGUGUGUGCUAGCUAAAAACCUUUAGGCAACGAUUUCUCUGGAUGUGGAAGUACCAUGGAGAGAAGUAGGCAAAACAUUUGAGUGAAAACAGCCAACUCUGUAAUUUCCCAGAGCCUCGAAGAUAAGAAUCUGAGUCUACAGCCUGAAGGUUCAUGCUCAUAUUUUAUUCACAUCAGGUGAUUAGUCUGGUCUUACAUGAUCAGCGGGGCAACGAAACGGCAAAGCCGACAACAAAGGAUAUUAUUUUCUCUCCAUUCUAGCUGGUAUCAAGAUGGAAGAAGCUACAGAUCUGCAAACCUCUGAAUAUUACAUCCUGGAUUAUUGAUUUAGUGAAAGAAUGGGAAACUGUGUCUGUCUCUAACCUUGUUCCCUUAUAACAGUUUGACUUUGUGCAUAGGAAAAAGGCUUUCUCUCAACCUCUUGGGAAACUUCACACAUGUGGAUGAGUGUUGAAAUCAAAAACAAUUUUAAAGGAAAAACCUGCUGUUACAUUGUGUAUUGCUGAGUUUGUAAAGUCCCAUCAAAAGUAUUUUUACCGUAUCCUGAACUUUACAUUACUUUGUGCCGUUGUAAAGAGCCCCCAUAAGUGUAAAGUGCUGUGUUUUGGCAAUGUAAGAGUUCUCAAUUUAAUGUCGUAACACUUUGCUCAGAUUCACAUUUGGUUCAGCCAGCGUGUGCCUGCAAAGAUGCCGAAAUUUCACAGAAGGCGGACAAAUGUGUCAUGUAACUGAACAGGGAAGGAGAGAGAGAGAGAUGGACAAGGAGACGCAGAGACAUAAAAAGAACUAAAGCUUGUGGAUGCAGUGUAUGCACUGAGGACAAUGCUUUGAAGACUGAAGCGUGCUGUGUUAGCAUGACUGACAGGAAGAGAUCAAGGUGACAACUUGAAAAAUAAUGCAUUAUUUCUUCAAAUCAAAGUCAAAGACACAGUGUUUCCAGAGCUGGGAUGUAUUUCUACAUAAAUAAAUGUAAGGAUAGCUCAAACAUGCAGUUUAUACAGUGUAUUACAUUUAAAAAAAAUAAUUUGUCAUGGACUUGUUUGCUAAAUGGUAAUAAGAAACACGACCACGAGAGGCAGCAUAGUCUAGUAACAGUUGAUGCAUUUGCACUUCCGUAAAGUCCUUUUUUAAGGAAUAUUAAAUGGAGUGCUUUUGUUGAUUUCCUGUGUGAUGGAUGUCCAUAUUAAACAUGUAGUUUGAAAUAAUGAGGCUUGUGUAUGUACAGGUAACAUCUAAGAUCCAAACAUUUGGUCUUCAUAAUCUGUUUUUUCUACGCUCGGCUCUCUAGGAUGUCAGUGAGACAGAAUAUUCCUAAAAUUAUCAUCUCAGGCUCAUAGCUCUUGCUGAGAGCACGAAGCUCCGCCUUUUCAGACCUUCUGCUUGCGAGGGGCAGCCAAUCAGAAGAAAACUGGCACUAGAGCUUGUUUCAGACAGAGGGUGAAAUGAGAUGCUGCAUCAAUGCUCAGUAUGGUAUAAUUUUGAGCUUUGACUGCGCAAAGCUACUCUAGUAAACCCCAAGAAUAAUUCAUGACAUGGAGCUGGAAAUUAGCAUAAUGGCCCCUCUUUUAAAAUCAAGGACACUGCUGCUGGGAACAUGUCACACAUUUCCGGACACAUUCAAGUUUUAUGUCCAAAUGAACAGUUCAGCAAAGUUUAGAUAUAUGAAAAUAUCAGGUCAAAACAAAUUUAAAACCAACAUGUAGUUGGUCUUCACAGUCGCUAGAGUUUGUUGUUGCGGUAUAUGGCAAACAGCAUUAUGAUCAACAUAUUUUGAAUAGUAUUUCACUAUCUCUCAAUUGCAUUUAAUGCAUUGAAUUAAGAGCGGAAAUAAUAAUUGAUCAGACGUCUUUGAUGAACUAAAGAUGUUUUGGCGAUCCCUUAACAUUCCAUCAAUUGCCAUCGUCAGGUCUGUCAUUUACACUAUUUGAUAAUGUGGUUUAAAAUCCAAUUACCUGCAAAACUAAUGGAAAGAAGUCAUUGGUUCGGCAGGUUUAAACGCCUGUAUACAUAUUUAGUUAGAUACUCUGUGUUCCAGAACAUACAGAGCUGUCCAAAAUGUCCAAAAUUUAAACAGCAAUGCCUCUGAUUAGUUAAAGUUGGUGUUGUAAUGGAAAUGUUCAAACCCACGAACACUUAAUGAGCAUGAAACAUAAGAAACCCUAACCCCAAACACACACAACACAAAUUACAAAAUUUAUUCAAAAAGACUACAGUAAUGUCAACGAUUAAAUUCAGGAAGUUUGGAAGAUAUUCGCUGAGGAAUGUAGUAGUUCCUUCACCAUUCAAAGUAUUUAUAUAAACAGAUUUUCAUGUUACAGUUCACCUGGUAGCUGCUCAGCUUGGGUCAAGGCUUCAAACAUUUUAUAUGAAGGUUUUCUGGAGGAAUUCCCUUCUGGAACUAGAGCCCUUGGAAAAGUAGGCGCUCACUGAUGCUGACAUCCUGACAAUUAUAUUAUACAGAUAUUUAGCGAGUGUGUUAACCUUUUAACAUUGUGUUUAGCAUGUUAGCAUGCUAGCUUUCCUUGAAUUUGCAACUCAGAAACAUUAGCAAGCUAACAUGUUAGCAAGGAGUAAAAAUGUUCAAUAAAUAUCUGCAUAAUAAACUGCUAUCAUUGUAAAGAUGUUAGCAUGUUAAAGUCAGGGCUUAAUUAAGUAAAGCCAUGGAGCCACAAGGGCUACAGGAUAUGUUUAGCCUCUUUGAUUUGGAAGUCUUCUUAUAUAUUAGAUAGUGUUUAUAUCGUCCAUCAUUACUAAUUUUAACUUACCUACAGCAACUGGCUAGCAAAAACAUGACCAAUAUAGAUAUAAUUUAUUCUGUAUGAGCAAAAUGGACUUCAGCAAAAAGACCUUCACAAUAGCCUGAAUUUAGAAACCCUUACCACGUCCACAGAAGGCAUCUCGUUCUGUUCUAGCUAUCAUGAUUUUACUCACAUCCGCUUCCACAAGACACUUUCACAACACCUGGUUCUCAGACUAUUUGUCAAAGCCUCUACAGCAGCAACAAGAUUGCUGGGUACACGCUCCACUGUCAGAUUGAGUUGGUUCCAGUAUAUCAGUCAGGCCGGAAGCUCGCAAUCAAUGCAAUCAAAAGAGAUGAGGUAGAAGAGGCUACUCCUAAUAAUAUUAAUGUGAGGCUCUGCACACACAGAGAGGCAAGUCCCAGUUUGUAGCAGGCAACACACCCAGUAAUUUGUCGUGACAUUCUGUCUGUGUUGUCACUGCUGCAGGUAGUAUUUCCAGCAGGGUCAGUCGCACCUUCAGUAACAGGUCAGAACAGGAUUACAGAGAUACCCUAUGAAUCAUGUUUAUGGAAGUUUGUAGGGUAGGCAUGCUGUGAUUUAAUGUGCUUUAGCCCUGUUUCAUACUCUGUCACACAGACAUCCUUGUACCAUAGUCUGAAAAAUACAUGAAAUGACGAUGGCGACCGGACUGUGUAUGUAACAGCAAUCAAAGGGUGAACAGUAAACAGAAACCGUAAUGAAACAUGCAGUAUAUUUUAGUAUGUUUUCCUUUUUCUGCUUUACUAAAUAACAUGUGCACCGCGGUGAAAAAACUCAUUUUAGAGCCUCACCCACUGCAGUUAAGGUAUUUAGCGUCUUCAAGCCUGCAGUGUG